GCUGCCGCCGCCGCCGCCUCCGUCGUUGAAGUCGUUAACGGACGCUUAUGGACACGUGAUGGAGACAACCGUUGGAAUGAAUCUCGCUGUAAGAGGAGAGGUACGAGAGUGCUCUGUCAUGGACUGGAAUGUUUGACUGCGUGACAUAUGCAUGAUUUCUGUUCCACGUGUGUACAUGCCACAUACAACUUAUUAUUUUGCGGCAAUUGAUAGAGCAUACCUUAAAAACGAGUGAACUGCUCUUGUUAGAAGAAAAUCUAAGUUGACAAGUUUUCAAACUUCAAUUGAUAAGAAUAAUUCUCUCUCGCGAGAAACCUUAAAUCAUUACUAAUUCAUAGUGACAUUAAUUUUGUUUAUUGCACUAUAAACAGUUCAUAUUGUGAAGACGUCGAUAUUUUUACAUAUUCUAACGAAAACUGCCCGUUUAAUUAAGAAUUCCCAUGAAAUAAUACGUGUAACAUUCCAGUGAAUAGAAUCGAUUGAAUAGAUUAUCGUUUCAAGAGUUGGUGAAUAUUGUGAUACAAGAUUUGUGCAUCGCGUUGGCAAUCAGUGAUCCACUCAGUGAUUUGUGUUAGAGCUACGUGGUUCUGUUGUGCUUAAUGAUCAGUGCUACAGUGCAAUAGGCUACACCUGUAAUAUCAAUAGUUCGAUAGUCUUUGCUUCGGUGAAUCAGUUGUCAUGUGAUCAUUGGAUUCCUUUGCGUGUUUAUUCAGUGCAUUUCCAUCGUCUGUUGUUUUUGCUCUAUCGUGUGACGUGUUCACCACCCCUGCGUCGAGAAUCAACAGUGCGUUCUACAGUUCCUGUGCAUCGUCUCUCGCCAGCAAGAGGAAGCCCCGCGAGUCAGCGACCGCUGUGAACUCCGCCCGGCCGCCGGGCGUCGCGCUGUCGUUGGACCAUGCGCCGCGUGCCGGCUGUCGCCCGAGCGAUCCGCGGCGCCUGCUGGCCAUGAGCGACGGCGUGUGGGGACGGUCUCCCGGCGCGGGGGGCCUGGACGACGCUGUGUUCGCCGCCGGGGCUCAGCACACCUCCACCCCCCUGCGCGGGCCAUCGGCCGGAGCGGCGGCGCUCCUGCAGGUUAAAGCGAUCCUCAGUCAAAGCAUCCCGUUCGUGGACGCGGACGCCGACGCGUCGAGCGUGGGCGCGCGCACCAACAGCCUGGCGCACGCCAGCGGCAGCUGCUGCUCCUCCUCGUCCUCCUCCUCUUCGGGCGAGGACGCGCCGCCGCCCGGCCACGCCCACCUCCUCCUCGGCCCCGGCCCCGCCGCCAUGCAGCGCUACUUCCAGCCCCCGGCCGCCGUCGCGCUCUACGCCGACUCGGAGGACGGCGCCAGCCUCAACAACAUCCUCGACGCCGUGGCGGGCCUCGACGUGGACGAGGACAGCCGCAGCUCCAUGGUCACCACCGGCAGCAGCCGCGAGGACGAGGUGGACGGCGACGAGGCGGACGACGACGAGGACGAGGAGCUGCGGCCGCCGGCGCCGCGCCAGGCGCCCGCCGUCUCCCUGGCUGAGCGCGCGCAGCAGUUCCGCCUGCGCAAGCGCGCGCAGAUCCGCACUCUGCCCCAACACCGGCAGCAGCGCCAGCCGGCCACGCCCACCUGCCAGCCCCCGCCGCCUUCCAACAACAACAACCACCUCCUUGCUCCCUCCGCGCACGCCAACCACAACAACAACCACCGCAACGAAGACGACAACAGUUACUACUACUACCGUCCGCCGGCGCCGCCGCAGCCCGCCCCUCUGGGCAGCGUGGGGCCGCCGCGCCCUGCGCCCCGCGAGGCCCCCUACUACCACUCGGACACGCCCUACCACCACCCCGCCGCCGCGCCGCCGCCGCCGCCGCCGCCGCCGCCGCCCAGGCCGACGGGGGACGUGUACUACCACCCGCAGGCGCGCCGCGCCCGCCCCGCGCCGCAGCACAACGUUAAAUACGAUGCUCUCUUGUUGUAUGAAAUAUGGCCGCAGCAACGCUGCGCGGGGCGAGCGCUCCCGCCUCUGGCGCCGCGCCAGGCGCGCCCGCGGCCGCCCCCGCCCCCGCAGCCCCGCAGCGGCGAACGCCGCCAAGCGCUUGGCGUGGCCGAUUCGCGCCUUUCAGCGCUGCGUGGGAGCUGUGGGCGGAACAAGGGCGAUGGCAAUGCCGUCGCCCGGAUGCUUCGGGAUGUAGAGGCAAUGGAAAUCCCUGUGAAUGUUGCCACAGCUCGCUCACCUGCCUAUGCCGAUCGUAAAUCUGUACUCCUCUCGCUGCUUCGUUGUUUCUGCGGCGGGCGGUAG